CGGCCCACCCGGAGCCCCCGCUAGGGGGCGCACUCUGGCUGUGGCUCUGAGCCGAGCCAGACAUGGGUGCUGUUUGCUGGCGGGUGAGGGGUGCCGACUGGCAGGACCCGGACAGCUGGGGGUCCCUCAGGCCUCAGGACAGACGCUUGAGUUGAGUCCUCCUCUGCUGCUCCACCCCACGCCCUCCUGCCUCCGUCCAGAGGAAAAGCUGCAUGGGGACCCCUCCACCCUGGAAGCACACAGGGGUCCUGAGGUCCGGUUGGCGAUGGAAAGAAGAAAGCAGAUGGCGGCGAUUAGGGGGCUGAGAAGUUUCCCUCUGGGAUUUGGAAACCUGGGUGGGGGAAGAGCAGCAGCAGAUGGGAUCCUCCUGCCAAGGGAUUCGGGGGCUGCUCCUUUGAAAACACAUCAACAAACCGGAUCCACAGACGGUUCUCAGCAGCCUCGAGAAAACUGAGGCAAGGGUCUUUAUUGGAUUCAUGUUCAUCCCACUCCCUGCGUGUGCGGAGCCCACUCUGAAGCCGCGGAGCCACCGGCAGCCGGGUCUUGCGGAUUUCCGAUGCGGGACCCGCAGAGGGGGAAAAGUGUUUCUGUUUCCACCACCACCCCAGCCCGGCGCCCAGUCAUCAGGGACGCCUGUGAGGGUCUUUGCCUGGAACCUCGAGGAAAACGUAGGCGUCCUUAUAUCUCUGGGCUGCCCUGAGACCCCCGGGGCUAACUAAGAAGGACCAGGGAGGGGAACAGGAGCGGCGAACAAGCAUAACAUUAGCUUAAAGCUAGAUGAGACCAUAUGAAAACACCAAAAGGUGAGGAUGCAAACAGAACCCCCAAAAGACAGAAGCCUAGUCCAGAUACCUUGGGAUCUAGAGGGCAUAAAAGAAAAUCAAAUGUCAAGAUAGCUGGCAGUCCCUUCUCUGCUCUGCUCCCCACCACUAGAGUGUAGGAAAAACGGGUUGAGAAGCCACGAAAAUACCGAAGAGACAGAGAUAUGGAGGGACAGGGACAAAUCCUUUCGCUCCGUUUUACUAGUAGUAGUAGUAGUGUGGCUUUAGUAUUAGUAGUGCUAAUGUGUCUGUCCCCAAGCCUUUACCUCCUCAAGUUGUGUUGAGGACUCCUGCCAAGCUAGCCCCAUCUAUCUGCCACCCACCCACUAGCAUCCAAGAGUUAUGCAGAUGUUGAUGGCUAGAAAAAAAAUCCCAGUUAGGUAUUCUUGUAUUUUUAAAUACUGACUGUAAGUGAUUCAAGUAUAAUCCUUUGUAAAACGUUUUCUCUUUGACACAUUGAAGGGGCUGAGAGAAGAAAACCUGGCAUGGAUUCCCCUUCCGCGACCUCUCACCCACCUCCCUCACCCCAGCCCCGCCAAUGCCAAGGCCCUAACUGUCCCUUGGAACCUGCACCUAGGCAGUGAAGGUGUCCGUGCUGGCUCCUCUCAGGGAUCCACCCAACUUCAGUCAGGGUUGGGUGGAGAUUCACUACCAAUGUUGGGAGCUGUUUGGGAAGAAAGUGGUUCCCCCUAAGGCUCUCCUCCCUCCCUUUUGAUAAUGGGGACCAGUCACAAAAUUCAAAAUUUUAGGCAUUUCGACUUGGUUCAAGGUGAAUAUGGGUCCCUUCUGUUCUAGGGAACUGAGAACCACAGUUCUUCAGUGCAGGGGUUUCACACCCCAGGCGCUCAAGGAUGAAUAGCCGGAUGGUGACAGCCUAACAGAUGAAUUUAGGGAAGUAGGGAAGACGGAGAAGCGUCAGGAGAGAAAGGGGGCUCUCUCAAUCUCUUCCCCAGUCUCCCUCUGGGACUCGCAGUCACUCGCCAGUCCCUUUCGCCUCUCUGGAUACUCCAGGGAAGGCUGUGUGCCUUUGGCAGAGCUCUCUGUGUUUAAGGGUCUGUUUUCUCAUUCCAGAGUUAAAAACGGAGACAGAGAAUGUUGGGAACCGAUAUUAACAAGGGAGCAACAGAUAGGCUCUGCAUAAAGACAAAUAGCUCUAGGCUUUGAGCCACAAGAGAAAACCAAAGACUCAGACAGCAGAUGUUUCCGCCUGGUACGUCGGAGGCCCAUUUGUCCUAGAGAGUAUGGUGACUGAACAGCACUGAGGUCAAGACGCUGUCCUAGGAGGACAAAGCCGGUUUUGAAAAGCUCCAGGUCGAUCUCAACCAGAGCCUUACGGCUUCACCUCCAGGGAGCUAGGUCCUCUGGAUGGUGGAAGGGGAGUCCGCAGACCACGUGGCACCCACAAGCCUAGCACCCAAAUGAGCUAGAGCUAGGAGCAACCCUUAAGACUUAAAGGGGGAACUACAAGAAAACGACGGAAAACUUUGAAAGUUUUUAGUUUAGAGAAAGAGAGAGAAAAAGAAAAAGAAAUUUGGCUCUGGUGCGUGCCAGCUGCUAGUCCCCUGCCCCCACCCUCGCUGGCCCCUCCAGAAUCCAGUUCGUGCUUUGCGUUGUGCCGGCAGGCAGACGCAGCCCGGCCUCUGUCGAGAGCCAAUCAGAGAGCUCCUCCCAGCACGUGGAGCAGAGAGACUCCCGAGCUCCGCGGCCCGCGGCUCACUACACUUCUAACCGCUGGUCCUGAGCGCGCAGAGGACGAGCUCCGGCUGAGACCAGGGAGAGGCAGCCGGAGGUCCGCUCUGAGCCCGAGGAAAACGCUCCAGCCAUGAGCAACCAGUACCAGGAAGAAGGCUGCUCCGAGAGGCCCGAGUGCAAGAGUAAAUCUCCAACUUUGCUCUCCUCCUACUGCAUCGACAGCAUCCUGGGCCGGAGAAGCCCGUGCAAAAUGAGGCUUCUAGGAGCCGCGCAGAGCUUGCCUGCCCCGCUGGCCAGCCGCGCGGACCAGGAAAAGGCCAUGCAAGGCUCUCCCAAGGGCAGCAGCGCCCCGUUCGAGGCUGAGCUGCACCUGCCACCCAAACUGCGGCGCCUGUACGGCCCGGGUGGGGGCCGCCUCCUCCAGGGCGCCGCGGCGGCGGCGGCGGCGGCGGCAGCGGCGGCGGCAGCGGCAGCCCCGACCACGGGCACCCCGGGUCCUCGUGGAGAGGUACCGCCACCGCCACCGCCCGCCGCGCGGCCAGGGGAGCGUCAGGACAGCGCCGGGGCCGCGGCCGCGGUCGCCGCAGCCGCCGCCUGGGACACACUCAAGAUCAGCCAGGCACCGCAGGUGAGCAUCAGCCGCAGCAAGUCGUACCGCGAGAACGGGGCGCCCUUCGUGCCACCGCCGCCCGCGCUCGACGAGCUGGGUGGCCCGGGGGGCGUCGCGCACCCCGAGGAGCGCCUGGGCGCGGCCAGCGGACCCGGGAGUGCCCCGGCGGCUGGUGGUGGCACGGCCACCGAGGACGACGAGGAGGAGCUCUUAGAGGACGAAGAGGAUGAAGAUGAGGAAGAGGAGCUGCUGGAGGACGACGAGGAGGAGCUGCUGGAGGAUGAUGCCCGAGCGCUGCUCAAGGAGCCCCGGCGCUGCUCUGUGGCCGCCGCCGGCACGGUGACCGCCGCCGCCGCGGCCGCCGCCGCCGCCGCCGUGGCCACCGAGGGCGGAGAGCUGUCGCCCAAGGAAGAGCUGUUGCUGCACCCGGAGGACGCCGAGGGCAAGGACGGCGAGGACAGCGUGUGCCUGUCGGCGGGCAGCGACUCAGAGGAGGGGCUGCUGAAGCGCAAACAGAGGCGCUACCGCACCACGUUCACCAGCUACCAGCUGGAGGAACUGGAGCGGGCCUUCCAGAAGACGCACUACCCGGACGUCUUCACCAGGGAGGAGCUGGCCAUGAGACUGGACCUGACUGAGGCUCGAGUCCAGGUGUGGUUCCAGAACCGUCGGGCCAAGUGGCGCAAGCGAGAGAAGGCUGGCGCGCAGACCCAUCCCCCGGGGCUGCCCUUUCCCGGGCCUCUCUCGGCCACACACCCCCUCAGCCCCUACCUGGAUGCCAGCCCCUUUCCACCGCACCACCCUGCGCUUGACUCGGCCUGGACCGCUGCGGCUGCUGCGGCUGCGGCUGCCUUCCCGAGCCUACCUCCGCCUCCUGGCUCGGCCAGCCUGCCGCCUAGCGGGGCGCCGCUGGGCCUGAGCACUUUUCUAGGAGCAGCGGUGUUCCGGCACCCGGCCUUCAUCAGCCCAGCGUUUGGCAGGCUCUUUUCCACCAUGGCCCCCCUGACCAGCGCGUCGACCGCGGCUGCGCUCCUGAGACAGCCCACACCCGCGGUGGAGGGCGCAGUGGCUUCGGGCGCGCUGGCCGACCCGGCCACCGCCGCGGCAGACAGACGCGCGUCCAGCAUAGCGGCGCUGAGGCUGAAGGCCAAGGAGCACGCUGCGCAGCUCACGCAGCUCAACAUCCUGCCGGGCACCAGCACGGGCAAGGAGGUGUGCUAAAGGCUACCCUCCACCCUCGCGCCCCCUGGGCGCGCCCCGAAAGGUCACCUCACUCAGCAUCACUCAAGACCAAAUGGAAACAGAGGACCAGCACACUCCCAAGAUGGCACAGACAGAGCGCAGCCGCCUUCGCAGCAGCCUGGAUGCGGACAAGGCAGCUCUUGGCGCUAAAGGACGUGACACCUCUUCCGCUGGCUGUCCACCUGCCCCUGUCCCUGCCCCUACCCCUGCCACUGCCACCUUUGCUCCAAGUCGAACGUCCACUCUCCCAUUCUUACCUUACUGAAAUUAACGGGGAAGGUUUCUCCCCAAGAUGCCUACUAUUGAAGUUUAAAAAAUUAAAAGCCCAAUCUUCUCUUCCUCCGUAGCUUUUCUUUUGAAUAGCAUUUUGGCGCUCUAAGUUGAUUUCAGCGCAGGCCCGGCUAGAUGCCAGGGCAAGGGAAGCAAAUGCGUAUCUGUAAGAUAGCUAACAGUGCACUUAAAGGAAAGGGGCGUCUCGUUCUUGUUCUCUUCUUUAUCAUACACCAACCAAGGUUUUUAUAUCAAACCAAAGGGAAAUACUCUGCUAGAAUAUGGACUGUUGAAGUCACCAAACUGUGAUUAUUGAUUCUGUACAUACCAUUGUUAUUAAAAAAAAAAACAGAGCUUUGUAUAUUUGAAAUGUUAUAACGCAAUUGCACUCAGCGUGGUAUGGUAAAAGUUUGUCCUCCUGUAGAUUCUUACUGUGUUGUAGAUACGGUAGGGUUCUAGACAAAUAUUUAUGUACUCAAGCCCUUUAUUUAACUUAUUAACGGUAGAGGCUUCGGAAACCUUCAAGAUAAAGGCAAUGGUACAGUA